AUGUCAUCUGAUAAAAAAAGAUCAUCAAGUACAGCUGUGAAUUUAAUAGCUGGUGGUACAGCAGGUCUGUUUGAAGCAUUAUGUUGUCAUCCAUUAGAUACUAUAAAAGUUCGUAUGCAAUUACAUCGUAAAAGUGGGAUAGUUAAAAAUCCAGGUUUUAUAACAACAGGUGUAUCAAUUGCUAAAAAAGAAGGUCUUACUGGAUUAUAUAAAGGUUUAGGUGCAGUUGUUAUUGGUAUUAUACCAAAAAUGGCUAUAAGGUUUUCAUCUUAUGAAUUUUAUAGAACUUUAUUAAAAGAUCAAUCUGGUCAGAUUUCAACAGGUUCAACUUUCCUUGCAGGUGUUGGUGCAGGUAUUACUGAAGCAUGUCUUGUUGUUAAUCCAAUGGAAGUUGUUAAGAUUAGAUUACAAGCUCAACAUCAUUCAAUGUCUGAUCCACUGAGUGCACCAAAAUAUAGAAAUGCAGCACAUGCAGUUUAUGUUAUUGUUAAAGAAGAAGGUUUCAAGACAUUAUAUAGAGGUGUUUCAUUAACAGCAGCAAGACAAGCAACAAAUCAAGGUGCAAAUUUUACUGUUUAUUCUAAAUUAAAAGAAUAUUUAGUUGAUUAUCAUACAGAAAAUGGUAAUAAAGGUGUUAUACCAAGUUGGCAAACUUCAUGUAUUGGAUUAGUUAGUGGUGCAAUUGGACCUUUUUCAAAUGCUCCAUUAGAUACUAUUAAAACAAGAUUACAAAAAGAAACAAAACAAGCAAAUGCCAGUGGUGAAUCAAUUAAACAAAGUGCAUUAAGUAGAAUUGUUAGAAUUGGUAAAGAUUUAAUUAAAGAAGAAGGUGUUGGAGCAUUAUAUAAAGGUAUUACACCAAGAGUUAUGAGAGUUGCACCAGGUCAAGCUGUUACAUUUACUGUUUAUGAAAUUGUUCGUGAAUGGUUAGAAGAAAUUCCUGCAUUAUCAAGUAAUACAGCAUCAAAAUUUGAAGAGUAA